AUGACACCACCUACAUCUGCCUUAAGGGCGAUAUCGGACCGACCCUCAACCGCAGGGGCCAUCUUGCUAACCCCACCAAAUAUUGUGAUAGAUGAUAGUAAGGCAAGUGAAGUGAUUGUUCCUUCACUUAAGAGGCCAGCCACCGCAUCACCCUCGCUUAGCAGUGCUCCUGGAAGCGCCAACAACUCCCCCACCAAGCGUUCACCGUCCAAGAAGAUGCAUAAGAAGGCUCUCAGUGACUCUCCCUUGGCCGCAACCGGAUCCUUCUCCGACAAUCGUGACAUUUCUUCUAUCGGUGCGAGCGACGAGGUGCCAGCUCCUUCUGAAGAAAUGCCUUCAGAAUCGACAUAUGAGAAGCGGAAGCAGAAGAAGAAGAAGAGUAAGAAGCAGAUCAAGAACUGGGCUGGAACAAUUCUGGGUAAGGGUCGUGGGCUCCGUCACUCGAAGCGGCAACUUAGAGCUCUCCCAAGGAGGUCACCAACGCCACCACUGCCAAGGCCAGAGCAUCAAUUGGGUGACAAUGAAUGGAUUUCAGCUGCGUGGAAUGAGAGCUAUGUUCUCAUGCCGGUUGAUGAUUCACUAGGGGCGAACUCCAGCUCGGAGAACAUUGCCAUGGACACUGGAGUUGAGAGUCCUAUCAUUGACUUGGAUGCUGCUUUGGGCCCUUUCAAAACUCCCACCGGACCUAGUGCUGGCUUUGCCGCUGCUAGGCGGAGAAGAAUGCAUUCUGCGGUUGGAUUGAAGGGAAAUGGGUACUUUCAUAGGCGUAGCGAGAGUAUGCCGGAAAUGCAACUUUUCUCUCUCUCGGAACAUGAGGGUGAUGGUCAUAUGGCCGAUGUGUUCGAGGAGGAUGAAGAAGAGGAUAGUGAGGAGAGCUCUGAGAGUGAGGAUGAUGAUGAGGAAGCCAAGAUGGACGGUGGAGAGGGUCUUGGAAUUGGUAUCAAGGUUGUUGAUGGCGAUGGGGCGAACUGGCAGGAGGAUGUAGUGAUGGAAUGGGGAUCUGAUGAUUUGGGACGUCCAACAUCGAGGAGGGGAAGUGGAGGAGAUCGUGAUCUGGGCUGGAAGAGUGAGAGCAGUCUACUUUCAGCCAACACUUCUCUUAACCCGGAGAGCAGCACGACAUCAAUUAACUCCAUCAACUGUCCCCAAGACAUUGAAGUCGGAUCGUCCUCUCCAUUAACCCUUUCGGGCCGCAAGGGCGCGCCAGCGGACAUCAUCACCCCUCAAUCGUCUAGCUCAACUGUCACACUUCCAGCGCACUUCCAACCACCUACAUACCCCCAAUCCCUCGACUCACCGUCAACCUUCGUCACUGCCGCCUCAAACCCAAAUACCCCCCUCCAACUCGACUUUCCCGGGGAUGAAUACCCUGACUCGGCCUCCAGCUUCGGCCCAUACUCAGACUUCCUCGGCGAGCCCGGCCCGGAGAUGCGCAUGAGUGUUGACGAUAUACCUAGCCUAACCUCCUCAUCUAGCACUAUGACGAUUGGGGGACUGUACGCCAAUAUGCCAUCGACACCCAUGAACGAGCCUAAGGAGAAGGAACCAUCCCAUAAGAAGGAGAAGUCAAAGCGGUGGAGCAAAGUAUGGACCUUCUGGAAGUUGAAGUAAAAAGCGUAUUUGACUUGUUUGUUUAUGUCUCUCUAUCUUGCUCUGUUUGGCUUUGGUUUAGCUUCAUCUAGCUCUGUCUGUCUGUCCCUUGUUAAUGUGUUCGGGAUUCGCGUUAUUCACCUAUCUACCUACCCAUCUUUCCAUCCUAUCGUAUCUUAUAGUUGGUGCGGAAAUGUACAUUUUUUCUUCUUUCAUCAGCUCUUUUUUUCUUUUCUUUUUUCUCCUACAAAAAUGUUCACUUUUAUCUAUCUGCCGGGUUAAGGUGGGGUUUUUUUUGUUCCUCUCUUGUGCGUGUUUUUUUUUUUUUUUUGCUAUCGAUUGACAGCGGGGAUUCGAAAAUCUGUUUUAUAUUCUUUUCCUUUUUCUUUGUACUUCUCUUUCCCGAGUGUGAACCAGUGAGAGUGCUGUGGAUGGGGGGGAUAAAAGCAAAGAAAAAGAAAAGAAGAAACAAAUGCAACGUAUUGUAGAAUCUAA